AUGCGAAAGUUUAAAAGAAAAGUAUACCGCGAAUAUGAAAACUUCGUACGACCCAAAACCCAUGUGGAACCGGAACCGCCAAAGCCCAUUAAUUUAUCAAUCGAGGACUUUAAUGCGCGCGGAGAAAUCGCCAAUCCACGUGCUCCCUGUGUCGUAACCACCAUUGAUCCCGAUUACAUAAAAGAUGCCAGUCUGCAGCGCUUGGCCAGGAAAUUUCGGAUGAAAACGGACAUUCUACUCUUGCGAGAGAUUACUCGCAACCGCUUUAUGUACUACGCCACGCAGGAAUUGUUUUUAGAUCGGAAACGUGAGAAGGAGUACCAAGACAACCUGUACGAGAAGGCCGAGGAUUUUCACAAGUUUGCCGAGGACUCGCUGAAGAAAAUGGAGGCGCAUGAGUUCAAGAAAAUGCUCGAGGCCCAGGAAAAGCUAAAAAAACUGAAGGAGAGCAAAUUGGCCGAGGAGCUCAACGAGGUGAAGCUGGAGCACCAGCGCGUGCUGAUGGAAGUGCAGGAAGUCUACGGUCGAUUUCAGUAUCUGCUCAAGCUGAUCAGUUACUUUGACGACACGGUGGAGGAGGAGCAGACCGAAGGAGAUGAUGACAGCAAUAGACUCAUCAUGCCGCAGGAAAUUGUUGCCAUGGAGAUCACCGAACGGCAUCCAGCUGGUCUGGAGCAAGUGCGUCAAGUUCAGAGUUACAUGGAGAACAUAGUGCGACCCUAUUUGGCCAAACGGAAUCACCUCAAUGCGGACAUCUGGAUUCGGGGCUACGAAAGGAAUCGCUUGAAGGUUUCCAACUACAACAGGCGUUUCACUCAGCUGGCUCUAUUAAAUCACAUUGUAAGCAUCCUGCAUGACAAGUCUGAAAAGACAUACGAGCGCCAGGUGAAGGCCAAUGUGUUUCUCAAAGAUCCAGAGUUCCUGCAGCGACGUGUGGCGGGUCUACAGGAGCGUGCGAAGGGUUUACUGAAUGACUACGAACAAAAAUACUGCAAGGACAAGUUGAACAUCAAACUGAACAGCAUUAUCCCAGUAAUACUCAAGCAAAUCCAGAACAAAGUGCAGCCAGAGCAAAAAAGAGAAGUGGCGGAGGCGCCUCCUAAACCAGCAGCAACCCAGAAGUCAUCCAAGCAAUGGCGGACUUUAGAAGACAUGCAGCCUCCGCCGCCGCCACCAAAGUCCACAUACGAAGACGAGCAGGACACGACACUGGCCAAGGUGGAGAAGAUUCAAGCCCAUGUUCUGGAACUCCUGGCCAAACUGGACCACAUAGAACCAAAUAAGCUGCGUAGCGUGGAGCAGCAGGUCCGCCGUCGCAUGGCUGCCGAGAAGGAGAUGUCUCGUCGUGCGUUGGUCAAACAGAACCGACUGCACAACUGGAUGGCUCACUUCAAGAAGCACCAUCAUCUGCAAGUGGAGCAGCGAUGGAAGAACAAGGUCUAA